AUUGAGACAUAGAGGAGGAUGUCUUCGAUUGUAAAAAAUCCAUUUUCACAUAUAGUUGAGCCUCUGGACCCCAAGGACCCCAAGCAGCAGUUUUACAAUCUUUCCAAACUUGGAGACAGUAGAUACGACCGUCUGCCGUUCUCCAUCCGGGUCCUCCUGGAGUCUGCUGUCCGGAACUGUGAUGAGUUUCUGGUGAAACGCUCAGAUGUGGAAAGCAUCCUGAACUGGAAGGAGACCCAGAGUCAGACUGUGGAGGUACCAUUCAGACCAGCCCGUGUCAUCCUCCAGGACUUCACUGGUGUUCCUGCUGUGGUGGACUUUGCUGCCAUGCGUGAUGCAGUGAUGAAACUAGGCGGUGACCCAGAGAAGAUUAAUCCAGUUUGUCCUGCUGACCUGGUCAUCGAUCACUCCAUCCAAGUGGACUUUAACAGGAAGUCUGACAGCCUUCAGAAAAACCAGGAUUUGGAGUUUGAUCGCAACAAAGAAAGAUUUCAGUUCUUAAAGUGGGGCUCUAAAGCCUUUAGGAACAUGCGAAUCAUUCCUCCUGGUUCAGGGAUCGUUCACCAAGUCAAUCUGGAGUACCUGGCCCGAGUGGUGUUUAACUAUGAUGGGUACUUCUACCCUGACAGCCUGGUGGGCACAGACUCCCACACCACCAUGAUUGAUGGCCUGGGUGUCCUCGGCUGGGGUGUGGGAGGAAUUGAAGCGGAGGCUGUGAUGCUGGGUCAGCCAAUAAGCAUGGUCCUGCCUGAGGUGGUGGGAUACAAGCUGCAUGGGACCCCAGAGAAACUCAUCACCUCCACUGACAUCGUCCUCACUGUUACAAAGCACCUCCGUCAGGUGGGUGUAGUGGGGAAGUUUGUGGAGUUUUUCGGCCCGGGCGUGGCUCAGCUGUCCAUUGCUGACAGAGCCACCAUCGCCAACAUGUGUCCAGAGUACGGAGCCACAGCUGCUUUCUUCCCUGUGGACGACGUCAGCAUCCAGUACCUGGAGCAGACAGGGCGUGAAGCAGAAAAGCUGGCCUAUAUCACAAAGUACCUGAAGGCAGUGGCCAUGUUCAGAGACUACAAUGAUGUCUCUCAGGAUCCAGAUUUUACUCAGAUCGUGGAGUUGGAUCUGAGUAAAGUGGUUCCAUGCUGCAGUGGCCCCAAAAGACCCCAGGACAGAAUUCCUGUUUCUGACAUGAAAAAUGACUUUGAAACCUGCCUGGGAGCAAAGCAAGGUUUCAAGGGUUUCCAGGUUCCCCCUGAGUGUCACAGCUCUGUGGUCCCCUUCCAGUUCAGUGAGAGAGAGUAUACUUUGAGCCACGGCUCAGUGGUCAUCGCUGCUAUCACCAGCUGCACCAACACCAGCAACCCAUCUGUCAUGCUCGGAGCCGGGCUUCUUGCUAAAAAGGCAAUAGAGUGUGGCUUGAGUGUGAAGCCAUACAUAAAGACCAGCCUGUCACCCGGCAGCGGAGUGGUCACCUACUACCUAAAGGAGAGCGGUGUUAUGGACUACCUCUCUCAGCUGGGCUUUGAGGUUGUCGGCUACGGUUGCAUGACGUGUAUAGGCAACAGUGGGCCGCUCCCAGAGCCAGUAGUUGAGGCCAUAACAAAGGGGGAUCUGGUAGCUGCAGGCGUCCUGUCAGGGAACAGAAACUUUGAAGGACGAGUCCACCCCAACACCAGAGCAAACUACCUGGCUUCUCCACCACUCGUCAUUGCUUAUGCUCUAGCUGGCACUGUGAGGAUAGACUUUGAGAAGGAGCCCAUUGCCAUCAACUCUGAAGGCAAAGAGAUCUUCCUGAGAGAUAUCUGGCCCACGCGAGAGGAGAUCCAGGCUGUGGAGAGAACAUUUGUUAUUCCAUCAAUGUUCAAAGAAGUCUAUGAGAAGAUUGAGAAAGUGAAUAAUCGCUGGAACUCUCUGGAUGCUCCCUCUGAUAAGCUGUAUACCUGGGAUCCCAAAUCGACUUACAUCAAGUCACCACCUUUCUUCAGUGGUUUGACCAUGACGCUGCAGCCUCCCAAGUCCAUAACUAAUGCGUACGUGCUGCUGAACUUGGGAGACUCGGUCACCACAGACCACAUCUCUCCUGCAGGAAACAUAGCCAGGAACAGUCCUGCAGCACGCUACCUGACCAGCAGAGGUCUGUCCCCUCGAGACUACAACUCAUAUGGCUCUCGGCGAGGCAACGACGCCGUGAUGGCCCGAGGGACAUUCGCAAACAUCCGUCUCUUUAACAAGUUCCUUAACAAGCAGGCACCGCAAACCAUUCAUCUGCCGACUGGAGAAACGCUUGAUGUGUUUGAUGCUGCAGAGAGGUACCAGCAGUCCGGGGUCCCUCUGCUGGUUCUGGCAGGGAAGGAGUACGGCUCAGGGAGCUCCAGAGACUGGGCAGCAAAAGGACCUUUCCUGUUGGGUAUUAAGGCAGUUCUAGCAGAGAGCUAUGAGCGGAUCCAUCGCAGUAACCUGGUUGGGAUGGGAGUGAUUCCUCUGGAGUAUCUACCAGGAGACACCGCUGACAGUCUGGGACUGACCGGCAGAGAGCGAUACACCAUCAUCAUCCCAGAGCAGCUCACACCCAGGAUGAUCGUCACUGUUAAGCUCGACACAGGGAAAACAUUCCAAGUGCGGAUGAGGUUCGACACUGACGUGGAGCUGGCAUAUUUCCACCACGGAGGAAUCCUCAACUACAUGAUCCGCAAGAUGUCUGAAGAUGCCAAGGACAGCACAGAAAAAGAGCAACAUGUUUAAUUUUAAACAGCUAACAGAAGAAUACCGUCCAGGAAUAAAUCAUGUCCCAUGUUUGGUGCAAAGAGCCAUUCGCAGAGAGCUGAUUUACAGGCACAGAACACUAGGUUGAUCACAAUACUCUCAUUUUUGAGAAUGCUGCUACUAGUUAUGUUUGAAUUACAGAGCAGACCUGAGGUGAAUAUAUGUGAUAUUAAUAUUUUGUGAAGAUAUGCAAAGCAGUAGGGCUGCACGAUUGUGGAAAAAAUGAGAAUCAGGAUUACUUUGCUUCGAAUUAAGAUCACGAUUCUCUUCUGAUUUUUUUCAGUAUGCUUUUUGUACUCAUUUACCCGACACACGAGGAAGCAGAGCAGAAAAUAUGAUGGUGGCUGAUACAGAACAGGCCAUAUACUUAACCAGAUCUGGUCUUGAAAUGACCAAACCACAAAACGAACUGUGCAUACUUGAUGAAAACCAUGGGCAGAGCGACAGCAUGAUACAGGCAGUGUGACUCGCUCUGAUUCUCUCUGCUCCGGUGUCAGGUGAGUUCUACCUGCUGAGAGAUGCAUUCCCAGUUGAAGCCAAAGGGGGAAAAGAGAAAACGUUAGACUGAACUAGUAAAUCUUUUUUCGGCACGAGCACAGUAGGGUGAUCGGCGGGGUUUUCCUCUGGAUUCAUUUGCCUGCCACUCACUGGCUCUCGCUAGUUUUAUUUGUGUUUCUGCUGCUCUGAAUCACGUGGUGUUCCGGUACAUUGUCAUUUGCUGAUGGAGAAGAUAGCAGUGUUUGUUGAAGCUGGUGUCCCUGAUGAGAACGCAGCAGAAUCGCCAGCGUUUAAAAAUAAGAUCGCACAGAGCUCUGAAUCGAGAUCGCAACUUUAAUAGAUUAAUCGUGCGGCCCUACAUGAUAGAAAGAUAUUUGAUUUAAAAAUGCCACAGGUAAAAAGUCAACUUUGUUUCGCUUCAUAUCCUCCAUUAUUUCAUUCUCAUCAGAAUCAUUCAAUUCCAGCCUGCUCUGUGUGGAUCUAAAUCUCCAGGUUUCCAUUUGUCAUUGGGUCUGCACAGUUUCAGAGACAGCAGGAGUUUUUGCCUCACGUGUCACAUCUGAACCAGGAAGUGGAUUAUUCCAGUUUAUCACAAGUUGGCUCUUAAUUUCUGUUUUAUCGGUCAUGAAAACUGGACAUCACAGUUUGACCACUAGUCCCACCUCCUAGGAAAUAGGCACUGUUGCAUGGAUCUAUAGGUGAUGUGCCAACAAAGGCAGAAGCCUUUUCAUUGCAGGUGGAAAAUUCAUGACAGUAAGUUGUAAUAAACCAGGAUUAUUCUUUAGGAUCCAGGAUCAUGUUGAGAUUUAAAGCUCAUUCUUUGCUGUGAUGAUUGAUUUCAUAAACAGACACAUCCCUGUUUGUUCUUCGAGACAUUCCAAAUGUCAUUGUAAACCUACUUUUGUCGGUGCGUCAUGUCGUCUUAUCAACUGCCUUAAUAAGUCAUGAUGUUUGUGUUUAUCCUAAAACAUUAAUCAUUUUAAAGACAAACCAUAUUCUCGUCUAAGUGUUCAAUGUUCUUUCCAAUCUAAAUGCAUUAAACAACAAACUACUGAUAAAGAGAAUAAAAUGUGAUUUUUA